AUGCCAGCCACAAAUAAGACAACUAAGGAGAAACAGCCAACCUGCCUAGAUAACCCAGCUUGUGCUGUCAUACUUUCCGACUUGGAGAAUAAAAAACUGCCAUUGGACGAGUCCGAAAUGUCUGCGGAAGUAGCCUUCAACAAAUUCUAUGCAGAUAAUCCUGUUGUCCAAGCUGUCGCAUUCAAAAAGUUCAAGGAGAAAUUGAAUGACCAUCGUCGUCAAGUACUAAAGAAGAAGGAAAGCCCGCCUCAGAAGAAGCUAUUAAAUGGGAUGGAACCGCAGCAGAAAUGGCAGAAGUACUACGAGGACUUGCCCAAAUUCAAGGACACAUGCUUCCAAGCAUUCCGGGACUGGCUAGAGAAGUCUGCCAUGCCCUAUGCUCAGGCGUGGGAAGAGCAUUGCAAGUUCCUUCCGGCCUUUAAGGAUGUGGAUCUAGAGCGGUUCAAAGCCAGAUUGAAAGCUCAUCAGGACCAAGUGAAGAAAUACAUGAAAAGAUCAAAGGAAGAAGAGCUGCUUAUGCUAGAGGAGUUCAAGUGGUAUCCCAAAGUCGAAAUCAACGCUGAUGGAACACCAAAUGGGCCAUGCAUCCAACAAAGUUUCUGUUGA